UAAUUUUAGUUUGCCUCUCUACCCCCCAAAAAUGGCGGGAUUUCUAUUGAUCCUCAAGAGUCCAUUUUUUUUUUCUUUUUUUGAGAUAUAUAAAGGAUUGGGUCUUUCCUCUUUUUUAGGCUUUUUUUUUAUAUUUUUCAUCAACUUUUUUAUUUGAAAUCAACUCAAAAAAUGUCAGACGUCACACACAGCAAUAACUUACCUAACAACAAUGAUAGUAGUAGCGAUGUCGAAGCUAAACAUCACGUUCAUACUACGUAUUCUCCAAUUCCUAUUUAUGCUGCUCCCACCAUUGCAAAUCCUGGUCCUUUAGGGCUCAGUUCUUUCGCUUUGACUACCUUUGUUUUAUCUCUUCACAAUGCUGGUGCAGGCGUUCCUGCCAAUGGACCUUCUAACGUCGUAGUCGGCUUAGCUUUCUUUUAUGGUGGUCUUGUUCAGUUAUUAGCUGGUAUGUGGGAGUUCAAAACCGGUAACACCUUUGGUGCUACUGCAUUCUCAUCUUAUGGCGGCUUCUGGCUUUCUUUUGCUUUAAUUUUCAUUCCUGGAGCCAACGUCACUGGUGCGUAUAGCACAGUGGGUACAGCUGUCUUGGAAAGAUCUUUAGGCAUUUAUUUGAUGUCUUGGGCUAUCUUUACCGGUAUCAUGUUGAUUGCUUCUCAUCGUUCAAGUGUUGGUCUUAUGAGCAUGUUCUUUUUCCUCUUUAUUACUUUUACUCUUUUGGCUGCAGCAAAGUUUAAUGAUAGUAUUACUACCCAAAUUGCUGGAGGUGCAUUUGGUGUUAUCACAGCUAUCGUUGCUUGGUAUAAUGCACUUUCUGGUCUCUUAACAAAAGACUCUUCUUAUUUCCUUUUACCUACUGGUCGUCUUAACUAAAAAAAAAAAAAUUAAGAAAAAUAAGCCACUAGCUUGUUGAUAUUCCCUGUGCCCUCUCCCUUUAUAAUUGACACUCUUAUCCUUUUUUGUAACAUUUAUACAUAAUAUAUCCCCCCCCCCUUUUCUCUCUCUUAAUAGCAACUCUCUCUUUUUUUUUAAAGCUCUAUAAAAUCGUAAUACCAUAUAAUUUUUUUGUUUU